AUGCUUUCUAAAAGAACCCCCCAAACCCCGGAUAACUUCUCCAGAUACCGCGCAGCGAAAGCCUCGACGACACGGCCCCGUCGAGUGCGAGAGAGCUCCUCUUCCAGCAGCUCUCGCUCUCGUCAUGCGCCCGUCCCUGAGCGGAGACAAAGAAUGGUCACCCCUCCAGAUUCAACCACACCCACAAAAAGACCAACAUCACCCGUAAUAAUGCUCCGCGUAGGACCCGAGCAACGCCUCUUCGCCGCCCACGAAUCCAUCCUCAUCGCAUCACCCUUCUUCGCCGAAUACUGCGAACCCCAAACUCCCAGCCCACUAGUCCGCGCCGCGCCGCAAAUCCAGCACCCAGGAAAACGCAUCGAACUCCCCGACGAAUCACCAGAAGUCCUCUCCGCUAUCCUGGAAUUCCUUUACAAAGGCGACUACUACCCACGUCUGCGACACAAUGCGCGGCGUCGGGCGUGGGAGCUGGAAGAUGCGCGUGCGGAUGGGGAUGGGAAUGGAAAUCCUGGUGCGACGGUCUAUCAUCAUCGGGGUGGGUUGAUUUUGCGUGAUACUGCUAUCUACUGCGCCGCAGAAAAAUACAACCUACCCACACUGCAACGUCUCGCACUACGCAAACAGGGUCUGCAAACCGGCAUCGAUUGCAGUACUAUCCUUGCCAGUGCACGAUAUGCGUAUGCGAAUACGCCGGAGACCGAGUCAAAGCUCCGAGCGCAUUAUCUUGCGCUGAUUAUUCGGUCUCGGGGCACGUUUAAGCGCAGUGGGACUAUGCAGGUUGAGAUGGAGCGUGGUGGGCGCUUGUUUUUUGAUCUUUUUGUUGCUAUGUGUAACCACAUGGAUGAUGAUUUGGUUGAGGAGUUGUCGGGUUGUAGUGGUUCUUUGCGGCGGUAG